AUUGUUGUCUGCUUCAAACAGUCAGAUUCAGGCAUUCAGCACAGACAGAAACUCGGACUUGCAGAGUGUGUUCUAAUAAGAUUCUAAAGUGGCAAACAUUACCCUAUUGUUAUUUUAAACUUCAACAGUUUUCGACGUCUAGAAAAUGUCAUUAUUAACACAAAUUUUAACAAACUUACAACCUUGUAAAACUCUGAAUUCUGCUGUACGCUGGGCUUCGAAGAAGGCUGGCGGUUCCUCAAGGAAUCCGAAAGGACAUGCCCCUGGUAAGCGUAGAGGAAUCAAGACUCAAGAUGGGUCUAAAGUAACACAAAGUUCAAUUUUGCUACGUCAACUUCAUAUUCGCUGCCAUCCUGGUCUCAACGUUGGGAUGGGCAAGGAUGGUUCUCUCUAUGCUCUGCAACCAGGAAGAGUACUUAUAACUUGUGAGAAGUUUGAACCUAAUUUUGACAAAUAUUGGACCAAUAAAGCCUAUGGAUCAAGGAAAGAGAACAUGAAUAAUGUUUAUAAAAAAUACUUCCAUGUUAUCCCUGAACCUCUAGAGCCAAAGUUUAAAUUAGUUGAUGUAAUUUAAGUGUAAUUUGUGUGCUUGUGGUUUAGUGAAGGCAAUUAAUAAAGUCAAGUCUAUAAAAAGAA